AUGAAGGUAAACAUACGAAGAGUUGGAAUAAUCGGAUCAUUUUUGUUGUCACUAUACAUUUUCAUCAUCUACACAAAUCGAAGUUGUAAACCCAGAAAAUCUAUUCCUGAGGGAGUAGCUGAUCAAGAACUUGUAAAGAGAAAACUGGACAGGAUUGAACAGACUCUAAACAAACUGACAAAGCUAACCGAGGUUUUAGGUCAAAAGAAUUUCACAAAUUCCAUUUUAAAAAAUGUGGACAAAGAAGAAGAGAAGAUCAUUAUGUCAAAGUUAUACCCAAACUCCGUCCUGUUUACCAAGUGGGGCGAUGGCCUGACAGAACAAGAGCAGAAGGAAGCUGAAGGUCUGUUUCAGAUUUAUGGAUACAAUGCCUUCCUGAGUAACCAGCUGCCACUUGACAGGAAGCUUCAAGACACAAGACAUAGCAGAUGUCUGGCAAAGAAAUAUCCCAAAGAUCUGCCGAGCAUCAGUGUGAUACUCAUCUACAUAAAUGAGGCCCUGUCUGUCAUUAAGAGAGCAAUACGAAGUAUAAUCACCCACACUCCAAAGCAGCUGCUGAAAGAAAUCAUUCUGGUGGAUGACUACAGCAAUUACAAUGACCUUGGAAAACCCUUACAAGACUACAUAGAUCAAAUUAACAAAGAGAUGCCCGGAUUAAUGAAGAAAGUGAGACAUACGCAACAAAUGGGCUUAUCGCAGUCCCGGAUAUCCGGUUGGGAGCAUGCCACAGCUGAUGUUGUGGCCAUUUUAGAUGCCCAUAUUGAAGCCACAGAAGGAUGGGCAGAACCUUUGCUGGACAGGAUCAAAUCUGACAGGACUGUUGUAGUGUCCCCUGUCUUUGAUAAGGUCCAUUUUGAUGACCUACACGUGGAAAGAUAUAUCCCAUUUUCUCACGGCUUUGACUGGGCAAUGUGGUGCACAUAUGAGCCUUUUAGCUCUGAGUGGAUAAAGAAGAUGGAUGAAUCACAACCAGGGAAGAGUCCCUCUGUUAUGGGAAUCUUUGCAGCAGACAGAGCUUUUCUUGGAGAAAUUGGUGGGCUGGAUGGUGGGAUGAUGGUUUAUGGUGGGGAAAAUGUUGAACUUGGAAUUCGUGUGUGGCUGUGCGGAGGAAGUAUAGAGGUUGUGCCCUGCUCGAGGAUAGCCCAUAUCGAGAGGGCCCAUAAACCAUAUGCACCUGAUCUCAGCCCUGCCAUGAGAAGAAAUGCUCUGAGGGUGGCAGAUAUCUGGUUAGAUGAAUACAAGAAAAAUGUAUUUAUCGCGUGGAACGUCCCACUGGAGGAUCACAGAGUCGAUAUUGGUGAUGUGUCUCAGAGGAAGGAGCUCAGAGAGAAGCUGAAAUGUAAACCUUUCAAAUGGUACUUGGAAAAUGUCUACCCCAGUCUGUUAACAUGGGAUAACAUGUUGGGUUAUGGUGUGUUACAGAACGACCUUCUUAAGAGCCACUGUGUGGACCAAGGACCUGUUCCAGGAAAUAUCCCCAUCCUCCAUGGAUGCCACUUCCAACAACCACAGCACUGCUAUUACAACACAGAUGGUGAAAUAAUCAUUGGGGGGAUUAUAUCUCACAAUUAUAACAGUAAUCGCUGCCUGGUUGAUCCAGGCUCUGGAAGUUCUCCCACCCUGCAGGAGUGUCCACUGGCAAAGAUGAAUGAACUACACAUGCACUGGGACUUCAAACAAGGCCAAGCGAUCAUAAACAAAGCAACAAACAGAUGCCUUGAAAUCGCCCAGGGAGCAAACUUUUACUAUGAACUCAUCAUUCAGCAGUGCAGUGGACAGAGCUGGAGGAUCGAGCAUCUCGUCACAAGUUUUUAG